AUUGUGUUGAGUGGCAGCGGCAUAAAUAUCACCUGCAUUACUGCAUUCGAAAAAUUGUCAAUUUCCCGUGUCCAUCUGGAAUAUCUGUUUUUGGUGUUCGUAUUGAUCUUUGAUGUUUUAAAAAUAACGUUGAAAGACUGCAUAUAUUAAAGAUGUCAUUGGUCAUUCUGCAGCGUUUAAACAACUUUGAAUGACAGGGGGAAAUUCUUUUAACAUUUUUUUUAUUAAUUCUUUUAGUUAUAUGAAUUUUUAAUUAUUUUCUUUACUAAAACUCUUUAACUGCGAAACUAAUAGAUGGACAAAUAUGCCUUUAACUAAAUUAUUUCAAAGGCGCAACAGCAGCCAAAAAGAUAGGAAGAAGUCUUUAACUUCUGCAGAACUUUCUGCUUCUGAAUCUGUUGCAGAAGGUUCCAAUACAACAAAAGAGCCAAUUGCAAUGAAUCCAGAAAGUUGUUAUUCGGAAGAAAAACACAAAAAUAGUGCUGCCUGUGAAGAAACUGAGAAAAUUUCAAACAUUGAACCAGAGUUAGACGAUCCAAACGAUGAAAGCUCUGACAAUACUAUGCCAUGCGAAACAAGUAGAAGGUGCUCUGUUCCAGAAACAAGUGAUCUAAUGGAACAAGCUCGAAUUAAAUCCAGAUCUCUUUCUUUGAAAGAAAGUGGAACAAAAUUGAAUAUACAGAGAACCAGACGAAGAAAGUGCGAGAGUGAGAGUGCUGCAUUCAGUUCCACGGACGACGAAGGAUUUGAAGACAAAAUUAUUCAACUUAGUGAAAGAGAUCUAGAAAAGGUGAUUGGUCAGUGUGUCGACAGACUAAUUCGAGAGUCAAUCCUUACGGCCGUGAAAAGUGUGAAAGUUGAUAGCCUCUACGAGGACGUCAUCAAAUCCCUCAGUCGCAGCGCUUCCGAAAGUUCUGAAUCAUCUGGUGGCCCAGAAACAGUACAGCAGAAACUUCAUACUGACAGCGUUACUGAAUAUGCAGAUUUGAAGAUGGUGCAUACGUUUGAAGAAGAGAAGUUAGAAGAUGAAGAAUUAGAUGAAGCGGAUAGCCCUAAACAACAGAGAGAUUCUAAAGCAUCAUCUGAAGUUUCAGACAAACUUCAAUCUGACAUCCAAAGUGAAAAUGAUAAUAAAGAUGGCACAGAAACAGAAGAAGGCUUAACAUGUCCAGAAUCUGAUUCAACAUCGAAGGAUAAAAUUGCAGAUCUUAAAGCAUCUUUUGAAGCAGAUAAAUCUGAAAAUUGCUCAAACCCAGUUAUUGAAGCCGAAAGUAAUGUAAAUGAUUCUAUAAAAUCUGUUGAAAAUUGUGAAUCUUCUACAUGCCAGAAUCAAAAUGAGAACAUUGUAGCUAAUGUCCAAGUUUGUGGCUCCGAUCAACUGGAUACAUUCGUUGAAUCGGAUAAGAGUAAUAUUAAAAAUAAUGAUUUUCAAGAAAAUGAUGUACCUGAACGAACGAAGGAAGUUCAAGACUGUCAGGAAAAUAAUAUAUCCACCGAAAUUGUUAAUGAGAAUAAACAAAACGAAACUGCUGAAGACACAAUGGAUUGUUCUCGGCAGAAGGAGGAUCAUGCAUCUCAUAUCGAAAACAGCGAAGAAGUAAGAGAAUUGAAAGAUGAGUUAGCAGAUGAAACAGAUUACAUCAAAACAGAAGUUGAAGAAAUAAAGAACAUAUCCAUGGAAGGUUACCACGCUGACAUUGAAGAAUCUAUAAGUCUGCACUCAAUGGCUUCAGAAUCAAGUUUUGAAAACAUCAAAGAUUCUAAAGUCUAUUCAAGGACAAUAUCGGAUGACACGGUGGCCUCUGUAGAUGAAAGCAGUCUUGGUGGAGAACAUGACACAAUGUUGAAAAAAGACACUGAUGAUUCUCUCAAAUCUGAAUCUGGAGACGCGAAAGCUGGUAAAAAUCUGAACGUUGAGGCUGAUCUAAUGGCCAUGUCUGGAGAUGAUUUUUCUCAUUUAUUGAGAAGCGAAUCGACAGUGGAGGAGUCAAGCACUCUUGCGGGCGAUUUAGGGGAAAAUCUGCCAGAGCAAAAGCCCGUGGAAGAAGAGAAGAAAGUAAAUUGGAAAGUUGGUUAUUUGCACGUAAAGUUACCUCAUAAAUCAAGACAUAAAGGGCUGAAGGUAUGGAAGAAGCGUUGUGUGGCCAUCCAGCCAGACGAGUUCGCCAACGACGACUCAGACCCAUGCCUAGUCCUGAGUGUGUACAGCGGUGACAGCUCGGCCGCUAAGAAGCACAGUGCCUCUUUCUGGAAGUCCAUCUCGUGCCAGAAGGCGGUCAUCUACAGGAGCAGUUCCAGGACCCACCCGUACGCCUUCACAAUUUCGGACGACAAGAAGGCCGUUAUCCACUUGGCCGCGGAUAGUGAGGCCAUCACGCAAGAGUGGAUGGCCGCCAUCAGGGCCAUCCUCUGGCCACCUAGCCCAGUUAUCCAACUCGAAAAAAUGUUAAAUGGACGAGAGUUCGAGAUUUCCAUCAUCGAUAAUGAGUUCUCUUACCAUGCGGGUCUGUUGGGCAUGUACGGCUAUUUGACCAUCACCCCCAAGAAGUUGAUCUUAGUGCAUCCCCAGCAAGGGUUCGUCAUCCAAGAAUGGUACCUCAACACAAUCGACAAAUUUCAGCUAAUUCCCCAGACCAGAAUAGAAGACGUAAACAAAGUUCUUUCAAUGACUACUUGCAGUGACAGCUCCACCGGCAAAGGGGACCUAAUGAUCUUCUGCAAGGAGGCGGUCUCCUUGCUGCAGGCCAUCGCCUCCACCAUCCACCAGAUCCUCACGCACCACAGUAAGCAGGAGGGAGGGAAGUACCAGAAGGAACUCGAGGAGAUAGGAGCAUGGCUGGUGGCCGACGCCACUGUCACUGAAGACUACUACAAAGUGCCUCCCAGACAGGUUAAGAGUCUUUUGGACAUACCAAAUUUCAUUUUCAACAAACCAAUCACUCCAGUGGCAACAGUGGUGGGUACCCCAAGUGUUGCCAUGGAUUCACAAAAAUCAGUUCUCGAUGUUGCAAAAACUGAGCCGACCAGAGCUUCACAAGACUCCGGCAUUUCUUCUGAAACUGUUCCAGACGACUUCCUCAACUGCAGUGUCACUUCCUUCGUGGUAGGGGGAGGACGUUUUCCAGGAAAAUCCUCAGACAGUGAACUUUCAGAUACAUACACUCCCCCACGCUCCCCUGAAGUGAAAACCAGACGAGAAGCAAAGGCUUCUGAUGGAAUCGCGCAUGCAUAAAAAACAGAAUACAAAAGAAAACCAUAAUAUAGAAAUAUUGUUUAUGUUUUAAUAACUAUCUCAUAUUUAUUUAGUGAAUUGUUAUUCCUCUUUUCGUAAAUAAAGUAUUUGGAGGUAAGCAGUAACUUGUUUACCUGCUUCACAAAGUUGAAGUCUAUACUACUUUGAACUUGAUAAUUUUUGAAUAAACUUUAUAAACUUGAUAAUUUUUGAAAUUCCAACAAGAGGACAGAUUUUUGUUUUUUUGAAAGAGCCAAGGAUUGCUUGGUCAUUGUCACAUAUGAAGCUCUUGUCUGCAAAGUCAACUGCAAAUAAAAUCAGAAAUUCUGCUAAGAAGACACAAAUAUUCACUUCGGCAGUGUAAUUCGUUGCAUAACAAAGUUUGAUAUUAAAUUCUUUUUAUUAAGAGAAA